AUGAAUCGCUAUGUUCUGUACGGUGCCAUGGGUAUCAUUGUCCUCCUGGUAGUCAGCCUAGUAAGGGCCAGUCAAGUUGAGAACUGGAAAGUGGCCAACGGCAAGGUCAAGACCACGGCGCCGCCGCCACCAGCUUGGGAAAACUUCCCAUUCUUAGAACGAUACUAUGGUGGCAUUCGGACACUCAGGCCAUUUAAUGAAAGCGAGCCCUCUUACCCCAACAGACCCAUUGAGCAACCGCAAAGUAAUGGCAAGUUUGCUCGGGAAGAAGAAGAGGCCGAAAUUAAGCUUGCUUCCAGCCUAUCUUGGGAAAACUAUCCGGCCGCCAAUAAGGAAGAACAUAUUCACGAAUGCUUUAUUGACGCUGCCGGAAAAGUUCGUGUGCCACCCCUCCGUUACUAUGAUGGCCGAACCCAUGGUUUCCCGGAACAUGUUUCUGGUUCCUACGAAGUGCUUAAGCUACCAGAAGAGAUUUGUUUUGAACGAUAUGGGCGUUACGGACCGUAUGGCCUGGGGUACUCCAAUAGCCUGGGUGGCCUUGGCACAGGCGAGCACGGUGAAAAUGAAGGUUUCGAUUCAGUCUGGGACAAGACACCACGAGUAGACUACCGACAGGUGAAUUGGGCCGACGUUCAACGCCGUUGCUACCGUACGAAUGCGGGGAGGUACAAGAGUCUGCCGUCCAAAGCGCCCUCCCCUCACGGCUUCUAUAUUGGAGAGCCAAGCUCAGCUAGUAUCCUGGCGCGAAGCGCUAGCGGCACGAACAACGUCACAGAAGAGAAUACCAGCAAGCCACAUGCAGGUACUGCCUUUGCGGGAAGCUCCAAAGGAGCGGGUAGCGAGGGCACUACAUCAAGGACUGCUGUUGUCGUUCGAUGCUGGGAUGAGUUUCUCUUCCGUGAAGACGACAUUGCUCAUAUUCGGGCCAUGAUUGCGGAACUGUCCAUGGCAUCUGGCGGGAGAUAUGAUAUCCACCUUCUUGUGCAAGUCAAGGAGGAUGGCAAAUAUCCCAUUUGGGCUGAUGGCGAAGCGUAUGAAAAACAUAUCAACGAGACCAUUCCCAGGGAAUUUCAGGGCUUGGUUACCCUCUGGACGGAAACUCAAAUGCUGGCAUUGUACCAAGGCAUGUAUGAUUUGUGGACUCGUGGCCCUGAUCUGCCCGUCCAUGGAGUCUAUCGAGGCUUGUCAAUGGCUAUGCAACACUUUGCUUACUUACACCCCGAGUACGACUACUUUUGGCAAUGGGAAAUGGAUGUUCGCUACACGGGGCACUACUACGACCUCGUUACAAAGCUGGAGGAAUGGGCCAAAGCUCAGCCCCGAAAGGGCCUUUGGGAGAGAAAUUCCCGGUUCUACUUCCCCAGCGUCCACGGAACGUGGGAGGACUUUUCGACAAUGACUCGUUUCCAGAGCGAGAUGGGCACCGUGGGGGCUCACAACGUGUGGCAAGGCAUGGCUGGCGCUGACAAGUCGCCUCAAACUCCACCCCCGGCUUCCAAAACGGUUUGGGGACCUGUCCGCCCAUCUGAGGAACAAGACUGGUUCGAGACUGAGCAAGACCCUCUUCCGCCUACCGCGUAUGAGUCGGACAAAAACCAGUGGGGUGUCGGCGAAGAGGCUGACUACAUCUCCUUGAAUCCCAUCUUUGACCCUGAAGGGACAACAUGGGGCCUCAAGGAGGACAUAACCGGCUACAACCGUACUCAGCCUCUGCCCCCUCGUCGGGCUGCCAUCAUCACCACGUCGAGAAUGUCGCGCCGCCUGCUGAUGCAGAUGCACAGAAUGACUGCUUUCAAGAAGCAGUUUGCGUUUCCGGAGAUGUGGCCGGCUACCGUGGCUCUGCAACACGGUUACAAAGCUGUCUUUGCCCCUCAUCCCAUGUACGUCGAUCGCAAAUGGCCCGUGGCUUACAUGGCACAGACCUACAACGGCGGUCGUGACGGAUCAAGUGGCGGCUCAAGAACGAGCGUCUUUGGCGAUAAGGAGCACAAUCUCAAGGGCCUCUCGUGGUUCUACAACUCUGGAUUCGCGCCCAACUUGUAUAGGCGUUGGCUCGGCCUCAAGGUAAACAAUGACGGCGGUGAAGAGUUUGAGAAGACUGUGGACGAGUCGAAAGAAGGACCAGGGGUUGGAAAUAUGCGUGGCGGCGAGGGGAGAAUGUGUAUCCCGCCCAUGCUAUUGCAUCCCGUCAAGGACGUCGAGUUGCCCGUUGAGGCGCCGCCUGAGGAUGAGGACAUUGUGGAAAACUCGGACCCAGCUGCCUAA